UCCCCCAGUCCCCGAAGUGUUUUCAUCAAAUGGGGCCCAACUCAGGAGUCAUGUCAUACUACUGGAGUAAAAGAUUUGGGAAAUUGUAGUGAAGGCGCGUGGAGCAAGAGAGAUAUAUAACCGUCAUAAUGAAGCACAAGACGGAUGUCCAAAACCCCCCAAGCCCAUACCCACCUGAGUCCCCACUCUCAUCUUCCCAAUUUCUCUCUCUCUCUCUCUCUCUCUCUCUCUCUCUCUCUGUAGAAGAAGAGGUAUCAUCACCGUUUCUUGUGUUUGAGAUGAUGUAUAUGUACGUAUAAAUGAGUGACUUUUGAUGAUAUGGUAAUGGGUUCAUCAAGAAAUUUGGGAAAACAAGGAGGAGGGAGCAACAACGGUAAUGGGUAUGAUUACUCUUUCAAGAUUUUACUGAUAGGUGAUUCAGGUGUUGGUAAGAGCAGUCUUCUCCUCAGCUUCAUCUCCAACUCCACUAGGGACCUUCAAGAUCUCUCCCCCACCAUUGGUGUGGAUUUUAAGAUCAAGGUGCUAACCGUUGGUGGGAAAAGACUGAAACUCACCAUUUGGGACACAGCUGGACAAGAGAGGUUUGGAACAUUGAUAAGCUCUUACUAUAGAGGUGCACAUGGAAUGAUUCUUGUUUAUGAUGUGACACGGAGAGAAACUUUUACAAACUUGUCAGAAAUAUGGGCAAAGGAAGUAGAGCUCUACUCCACGAAUCAAGACUGUAUAAAGAUACUAGUUGGCAAUAAAGUUGAUAAGGGAGGUGAAAGGGCUGUAAGUACAGAAGAGGGGAUGGCUCUUGCACAGGAGCACAAGUGCUUGUUUUUUGAAUGCAGCGCUAAAACCAGAGAAAAAGUGCCACAAUGUUUUAAGGAGCUCAAUGUAAAGAUACUCGAGACCCCGAGUUUAGUUGAGAAGGGAUCUGUAGUUGUAAAGAGGCAAUUAUUGGCGCAGAAGCGAGUGUGCCAUGAGGCAGCCGGUGGGAAUUGUUGCUCUAAUUAAGUGGAAGUAAUAACUCCCAAAUGAAGGUAACAACCUUCAGUUCAAAUCACCAAACUUGAUGGAGCGAUGGAAACACAACUUGUUAUCAGACGGUGUAGACGAUGAUGCGAUCUCAAUCUUGUUGGAACAGAGAAUAGGGUUAAUGACAAUGUAAUUUCCAUUGUAGCUUAUAUACAGAGAUAUAGUUCUUUCAUUCGUUGUGAUCAAACUGGUGUUAGAAUUCUGGAUGUUUCGAUAAUGGGAGAUAUGGUUUUGUACACAUGUUUUGUAAAUAUAUAAACUCAGAUACGUGAUAUAUGCAUACAUAUAUAGGUCGUGCUUCAUAAAAGAAAA